AUGUCAGUUUUAGGGGAUAUGGUUGCUCUUGUUGAUGCUGACCUCUCUUUCAACAACCUUGAAGGAGUGAUGCCACAAACUUUGGAGAAUCUUCACACCUUGCAAGUACUAGACUUGCCAAACAAUAACAUAAGUAGAGAGGUGUACUUCCUAAAGCUAUUGGAUGUCUUUUCACAAAUGAUGCUUCUUGACCUGCCACAUAAUGAUCUUGAAGGAAAAAUACCAAGAUUCUUGGGAAAUCUGUGUAAUCUGCAACAUUUGGAUUUAUCUGAUAACAAACUUAGGGGAGGUACUUUGCCUGACCAACUAGGGAAGCAUAAAAAACUCUCCGUUCUUUCACUUGACGGUAAUAAACUUUCUAGUCCAAUUCCCAUGUCUCUAGGAAAACUGUCUUCAUUGAGGAUGCUUUCGGGAGCAGAGUAUGAAUAUAGAAGGUCACUUGCUCUCAUCACAAGCGUGGACCUCUCAAGCAACAAUUUAAUUGAAGAAAUCCCUGAGCAACUCACUAGUCUUUACGGCCUACAAUUCUUGAAUUUGUCCAAUAAUCAACUCCAUGAAAAGAUUCCAGAGAAGAUAAAUGCCAUAAAAUUAUUAGAGUCUCUCGAUGUCUCAAUGAAUCAACUCUCAGGUGCAAUACCUAAAAGCAUGGCUAGUUUAACAUUUUUGAGCCAUCUGAACUUAUCAUACAACUUCUCCAGUAGAAUUCCCUCCAGCACUCAGCUUCAUAGCUUUAGUGAACUAAAUUUUAUUAGCAACCAUGAUCAUUGUGGACGUCCACUUAUGCGUAGCUGCGUUGGAGAUGACUCCCCCAUUGAGCCAACACCAAAUGCUGAUGAUAAAGGCGGCGAAGACGGUGGCUGGAUUGACAUGAAGUUGUUUUAUAUGAGCAUGCCAUUUGGAUUCGUGGUGGGGUUCUGGGGUGUAUUUGGUCCAUUAGCUUUCAACAAGGCUUGGAGAUCUGCUUUCUUUAAGUUUUUGGAUGACAUGAAGUAUAUACUCUUCAAUGGUGUUUUGAAAGAGUGA